GGAAGACGAUCACACUCACACUGCUCAGUCACACGAAGGCAGGAGUUUUCGACGUGCCGAAACACUUCCAACACCACUGACCGUCUUACUCCAUUUCGUUUGAUGUGCAAGCUUGCAUUCCAACCUAACACCCAAGUAUUAGUUCUUCAGUAGUUGUGUUACGAUCACUGGAGAAGUUUAGUUUUGAAGGUCACAGAGAAGCAGCUUUAUUUUGUUCCCAUACGUACGAGAAGCGCCAGUCUGCUCUGUGGGAGUUGGUCAAGUUUCCUGUAGAAGUCUUGCUGGCGCUGAGUGAUAGAUGAGUCCUGACGUCUUGUUGAUUUUAUACCCAUCACUGGAAACUGAAGAUGUCGAUGUCAAUGGCUGUGCGGCGAUCGCUUGGCCGUGUUUUAGAUAGGAUAGAAGGAGCUGCGGCCCAGAGAAUUGAGGCUGGUGGCUCGGUGCCUCGUCUUGUAGCUGUGUCAAAGAAAAAGAGUGUUGACCAUAUCGUGGCGGCUUACAACUACGGCCAGCGUCAUCUCGGGGAGAACUAUGUCCCUGAACUGGUGGAGAAAGCACGUGAUCCACGGAUCCUUUCUGGUGCCCCAGACGUCCGGUGGCAUUAUAUUGGCUCGCUACGCCGCCAGCAAUGCAAACUUAUCGCUGCAUUGCCUAAUCUGUGGAUGGUUGAGACGGUGGCGGCCAAUGAUGUCUCUAAGGCACUGAAUGUGGCGUGGAAAAACCAGCGCCACAGCGAAGAGCGAGACCUGCGUGUCAUGGUGCAGGUCAACACCAGUAGUGAACCAAACAAAAGCGGCUGCGAGAUAGAUGAUUGUGUUGCCAUUGUCGAGCACAUUCUGAAGAACUGCGACCACUUGGUCUUUUCUGGUCUCAUGACGAUCGGAGCAGUCAAAAACAGCCUGCGGUGUCAAGAGGACCCCACCUUCAACAAUCCUGACUUUGAGGUCUUGCAAGAGUUAAAAGAGAAGGUGUGUGCAGCACACUCUCUCGGUAAAGAUGAGGUCGGUCUCAGCAUGGGCAUGACAGCCGACAUGGAGAAUGCCAUCCGCAAUGGCAGCACGAAUAUCCGAGUAGGCACUGCCAUAUUUGGUUCCAGAGAGGACAGUGUGUAUGCCAGUGAGUCCGAGCCACAGUCUGGUGACUCUACAGUACCUGGACCUGCAUUUCCACUGCUUUUCUCUUCAUAAUCGAAAACAAAAUGAGAAAAAAACUUAUUUUUUUUUGCGUUCUACCAUUUUGCAAAACCUGAUAUACAUAAAAUUUAAAAAAAAACACUCAUAUGAAGCUCGCUUCCAUUAUUUAGCUCCUACAAACCAAGUCAAGUUUUCCGCUGUCCUUUUCUGAAUGUACUCGACCUCGUUGUUUGUUGAGUCUGUAUGUUGAGUCAUGAAACCAUGCAUCCUCCUGAUAUCUUAUCUCACCGCAUAUAAAUCAACACCAUGCUAGUCACGUAGCCUUCGUCUGAGCACCAGUUUUAGCUAGUCUUGCUAUUCCGAGUAAUAGCACUCGGCCUUCUUGUUCAGUUCUGUUUUUUUUAUCUGCUCCCAUUCGGGCAUUUUAUCCGUGUGAUCAUCCAUGACCACCUGGUUGGGCAUUUUAUCCGCGUGAUCCAUGACCACCUGGUUGGCUUUGUCGUGGCGGACACUCGCCUGGCAUUUUCUCCGUUUAUCCGUUUAUAACAGCAUCUAAUCUUUAGUCUCGUGUGCACCUGCUGCUUCCGACACUGCGCGCAAUGCGUGUGAUUAUUUAUACCUCAGAAUCUUUUGAUGUGAGCAUCUUGUGCCGGUUCACUGCUCAGCAGGCAGGCUCUGGUAGCGUACUUGUUCGCUUAGCGUCUCGUCAAUUUUUAUUCAUAGCAUAAUAUCCCCUCGUAUGGUUAGCCUCUUCAAUAAUUUUAUCAUACCUUUUUUUCGCUGUUCUUACUCAGUGGUCAGCAGGGCUGCACUUUCCAAGUCUCACU